GAGAGAGAGCGAGAGAGAGAGAGAGAGAGAGAGAGAGAAAGAGAGAGAGAGAGGGAGGCUUCAUAGCAGACACUCCCACAUCCUAUAAACAGAAGCGCUGUGAAAGAGUCGGAGCGAGAGCACACGUGUGUUUCUGCUCGGAGGGGGAUUGAGCGCUGCAGACGGAUACAGAAGGAGAACUGUGUGUUUAUGUAAAACCGAGAGGUGGAUUUCAAAAGCACUGAUGGGAUGUGAACAAACGACAAACAGCAACUGAAAGAACAACACUUGGAAUCAACUCUGACGGCAAAGAACAGAAUUGAAAGGACGUCUGAUGGCUAAGCAAUGUAAUAGAAGAGCUGCAACUCAACCAAAGGACUACUGAGUGAUUCUAAAGUGUGAACACGUGCAUGAUUCAGAAGUUCAAUGCGUUGAAACUCUGACCCUUUAAGAAACGUUCGAAACAAAAAGGAAGUUCAAGGCGAUGUCUUUUGCCAUGGUGCGCCCGGCCCCUAGCCGUUACCUGUACUCUGAGAUCUCCAUGAUGUCUGAGGACGAUGAAAACGGCAGCGAGAGUUCAGGUUCUGACGACCGCUCGUUUUGCUUGGACACAUCGGGGUACGAUCUGAAAGUAGGCGGCAGAAAGAGGAAACCUGGUGGACGGCUGGUAGGAGCGCCACCUGUUUCCCCUGUCACGACGGGUUUGAUAGUGCCCGAGGGCCGGCAACGCAACACGGCCAACGCACGGGAGCGAGACCGCACCAACAGCGUCAACACUGCCUUCACGGCAUUGAGGACUCUUAUCCCCACGGAACCGGCCGACCGGAAGCUGUCCAAGAUCGAGACCCUGCGUCUGGCGUCCAGUUACAUCUCACACCUGGGAAACGUGCUGCUGGUGGGGGAGGCCUGCGGGGAUGGACAGCCGUGUCACAGCGGGGGGCCGUCCACUUCCAACUACUACCACCAUCACAGUUCUCCCAGCAGAGACUCGGAGAACGCUCAACCCAAACAGAUCUGCACCUUCUGCCUCAGCAACCAGAGGAAAGUGAGCAAAGACAGAGAGAGAAAAUCAGCCCUGAGGAGUUAAACGGAUUCACAAACCAUCAACGCAAACCUGUGUGUGUAUAUAUGCAAAUACCCAUACAUAUUUAAUUAUUUCUACGUCGACUUUGGACUCGUGUGAUUUAACGGAGGAAAAAGAAAUACAACUGGAAAGACCUGAACAUUUCGCCACAACUUUCCAGCACAUCAACUGCAACACCAACGUUUCUGUUCUGCCGCAGGGAGUUCAUGCUAUUCACCAAAGACUAUCAAAGCAAGCAAAACCUUUAACAAGGUCAAAAAUGAUCACGUGACCGUCCCGAGAGACACGGCCAUACGGACUCAAACUUUGCAAAGUGAUCCGUGGAAGAACAUUCAUCUCGUAUCAAAGCCACGGGUGGAUCACAUUAUUUCUUACGAAUUUGUUAAAGACACUUAGCCUGACUAUGAAAUGACAAUAUGUUUAAUAAACGCUGUAUACUGUAUGUCUAAUAUGGCAAAUUACAUAUAUUCUUUCUUGGUUAAAUUAAAACUAAAUAUUGGACAAGCGGAAAGAAUUUCA